CACCAGCCACAUGGACAGUUUGAGAGCUACUCGAACAACACUGGUUCCAGAUGUUGGUCAGUUCAAUGAUUUGCUGAAUUCAAUCAUUUCAUAUCUGACUAAUCUGACCAUAACAUACGACAGUGAUGAUACUGCCAUUAGAAAUUUAUCGUGACAUUUUAUUGCUGCUGCCUUUCCAAGACGUUAUGCGAUACAUAUUAGUGUGUAAAACUUGGAUGGCGAUGUUAAACGAAAGGAGUUUUUGGGAGAUUUAUAUGGUGAAACACUUUGAUGUCGAUGAAAAAUCAGAUUUAUCAAAGGAAAUGUUGGCUCUCAUUGCAGGCGAGCCAUGGGGAUGUACUGACCCAGAAUAUGAAAAGUUAUACGUGUGCAAAUGUACUCCAAACAUGUAUGUCAUGCGUCCAUUUCCAUCAAUGUGGAAUUGUGGUGUGGUCCAUCCAUAUGGAUUAGAUCCUCUUGCCGGAGAUGUUAAAACAUUGCAAGGAUUAGUCCACUGCCUUGAGAUUUUGACAUAUAUGAAACAUGAAGCAAGUCGCCUUGGCAUGAUGACUGGAUUUCAAUGCUCAUCAAGUAUGGCACUCUGGCCAAUUGAUGUUAUUGUUUUUCCAUGGAAUAAGGAGGAACUUCCCAAACCAAUGGAGAUCAUGGAUGGAGUCUUUAAAUUUCAUCCAGAAAUCUGUGAACGUUAUUUUACCUUUCCCGGAAAAAAGAGCCAAGUGUUAAAGGAAAUGUUAUGUUUUCAUGUGCGAUCAGGAGAUCCUGGAGAACAAUGUGAAGCUGCUGAUCAUAUUUUAUAUCAAAAGCCUUGUUUGAAUGCGAUUUUUGGCAUGGAUUAUCCCAAAGAAAACGAGCAAUGGAAAAUUGAAGAUUCGAGAGUCUUCUAUGAAUGGCUUCAAUCUUACAUGUAUCCUUCACUAACAAUUUGUAUUGGUGAACCUAUAAUAUGUCCAUUCCUUGUCUUAAUGGUGUCUCCUCUCGCACCUGGUUGGCUUGGUGGCACAAUAACAGCUGUAGUGUCCAGAAAAAAAGUUGACACUGUAGAAAUCAUCGAUCAUUCGAUCUAAUUGUUCGUAAACCUUAGUUGAACGCGGUGAUUGCGCCAAAAGGAAUUUAAUGAAAUUUUCUGUAUGGAGCAGCGGAUUGGGAAUAGUGAUCACAUGAUUUUUAUAGUUUCACUUUGAGACCCCUUUUGCUUACAUUACCAUAUUGGGUGAAAUUUUGCUUUAUGUGAGGGCUCUCUUUCAUUCAACAACUGCGUAACGUUUUUGUUUUUGUUAUAUAUUUAUUAUUUUCACUAUAUUUUAUUA